AUGGUAAAUGGUAACGGGAGACUGUCACAGCAUUUAAAUGAACUGAAUGCGUGCGAUCAUGAGUCAGAGCUGAGCAGACAUUCGUGUAUAAAUAUGCUCCACGAAGAGCAGUGGGAUAUCAAACAGUUUCUAGCCUUCCGAAGAAGCAAAACAACGAAAUAUACCACCAUGCUCAAAUACGCCGUCGUCGUCCUCGCACUCGUUGGCUGUGCUGCUGCCAAGCCUGGACUCCUGGGUGCACCUUUGGCCUACUCUGCUCCCCUGGCUUACACUGCUCCUGCUGCCGUGGUAGCUGCUCCCGCUCCAGUUGUGACCGCCACCAGCAGCCAGGUGAUCGCCAGGAACUUCAAUGGAAUCGCCGCCGCUCCUGUGAUUGCUUCCGUGGCUGCUCCAGUAGGGGCCAAGUACGCUGCUGCUCCUCUGGCAGCUCCGUUGGCUGCUCCUCUGGCCUAUUCUUCUCCGUUGACCUAUUCUGCUCCUCUAGCAUACAACGGUCUCCCUCUUGCACCUGUUCUAGUAUAAGGAAAAUUUAAGAAGUGAUGUAUACAUCUUCAGUUCGUAAAUUUUUGCUUACAUAAGAAAAUAAAAUAGUAAUAUCCAACUGUCG